GGAGGGGGUUUGCAUUCGCAAGUGGUGGUGGCGGAGAGAGAGAGAGAGAGGGAGAGAUGGGAGAUCGAGGCGGAGAGGGAGAUGGUGAGGAAAAGGAUACGCCAGAGGAGGAGACGACGCUCGGCUCGAGUCUGACGAUGGAGAGGGUCGCCGCGGCGAAGCAGUUCAUCGAGAACCACUACAAAGCUCAGAAGAAGAACCUCCAGGAUCGCAGGGAACGACGAUGGGUGCUAGAGAGAAAAUUAGCUACUUCACAAGUGCCCGAGGAGGAACAAAUCAAUCUAAUAAAGGAUUUGGAGCGGAAGGAGACAGAAUAUAUGCGACUGAAAAGGCACAAGAUUUGCGCUGAUGAUUUUGAGCUUUUAACCAUUAUUGGGAGAGGUGCUUUUGGAGAGGUCAGAUUAUGUCGGGAGAAGUCUUCUGGCAAUAUUUAUGCGAUGAAAAAGUUGAAGAAAUCAGAGAUGCUAAGCAGGGGACAGGUUGAACAUGUUAAAGCUGAAAGGAACUUGCUUGCUGAAGUUGCCAGCCACUGCAUUGUAAAACUUUACUAUUCGUUUCAAGAUGCUGAUUACUUGUAUUUAAUUAUGGAAUACCUGCCCGGAGGUGACAUGAUGACUCUGCUGAUGAGAGAGGAUACUUUAACUGAAAGUGUGGCCAGAUUUUACAUCGCCCAAAGUGUCUUGGCCAUUGAAUCUAUUCACAAACAUCACUACAUUCACAGAGAUAUUAAACCUGACAACCUUCUAUUGGACCAAAAUGGUCACAUGAAGUUGUCUGAUUUUGGUUUGUGCAAGCCUCUUGACUGCAGUACUCUAUCUGUGCUGAAUGAAAACGAACCCAUCAGCGAAGAGAACCUGAGGGAAUCAAUGGAUAUUGAUGGAUGCUUCCCAGAUGCAAAUAGUGGGAGUCGGUGGAAAAGCCCACUGGAGCAACUUCAGCAUUGGCAGAUCAAUAGAAGGAAGUUGGCAUUUUCCACUGUGGGCACGCCCGACUAUAUUGCCCCUGAAGUAUUACUGAAGAAAGGCUAUGGCAUGGAGUGUGAUUGGUGGUCACUGGGUGCAAUACUGUAUGAGAUGCUUGUUGGUUAUCCACCAUUUUACUCCGACGAUCCAAUAACAACAUGCAGAAAGAUUGUGAACUGGAAGAAUCACAUAAAAUUUCCUGAAGAGAUACGGUUGACACCCGAGGCAAAGGAUCUUAUCUGUAGGUUGCUAUGUGACGUCGACCACCGGCUGGGUACUGGAGGGGCUGACCAGAUCAAAGCUCAUCCUUGGUUCAAAGAUGUUGCAUGGGAUAGACUCUAUGAAAUGGAUGCAGCAUUUAAGCCAGAGGUUAACGGGGAGCUGGAUACACAAAACUUUAUGAAGUUUGAUGAUUUGGAUCCUCCACCAGCGAGAACUGGCUCUGGACAAUCAAGAAAGGCAUUGUUAGCUCCAAAAGAUCUAAAUUUUGUUGGCUAUACUUACAAGAACUUUGAAGCAGUGAAGGGGCUGCUUCAUCCUUUGGAUUCAAAGAGGAGUACAUCGCCGAAGCAGCGUUCCAUCGAUUCUAUCUUUGGCAAUUCUGCUGCAAACUGUUCUGGGAAAACAAAAGAGGAAACAGAAGUGCAAAUGCUCGUAUCAACUGAUGCCAUGUCACCGUAAACAUGGUCUGGCUACUCUCUAAAGCAUUUGUUCAACAUGGCUGCCGGAAAGACCUGCUUGUUUUUUGUCAGGUUGUCUACCGCGCAUUUUGUAGAAAACAACUUUUUUUUUUUUAAAAGUGUACAGCAAGCAUUAUGCUUCUCCAGUAAUAUAUUGUGGUGGUUAAUAUAAGGUUGGCUGAAUCUCUCUGUCCUGGCUGCCCAGGUUGGCUGAAGCAAAACAUGCCUUCUCUUGUGGCAGUUUCUGGCCUGAUUAUUGUUAUUAUUAUAUAUAUAUAUUUUUUGGUUUAAUUCUGCCGACAGUAAGAAAAAUACCUACAGACUGUUCAAGUUAAUGUUGGUAAUUGGAAGAGUUAACUGUUAUUUUGGCAACUUGAUAUUUGUAUAUGUAAGGUGAAAAACCAGGUUUUGGUGGUUAAGAUAAAAGUAAUAUUUUUGUGGUGCA